UGAACCACACAUGAAUAUAUUGACCGCUUAUAAAUACAAAACCUUCAGAGACAUAUAUUGAAUAUAUAAAAAAAAAAAUAUAAGAAGCUUGGGUCAUGGCACCAAACGGGAGAAGGAAGAGCGUGAGCGGAAGCGUGGUAAAGCCUCCACCGCCACCGAAGCUAGCGCAGGCAUCACUGCAUAGGACCCUAUCAGACAUAUCAUUGGAUUUCCACAGAGAAGAGAAAGGACUAGGGACGAUAACAGAGGUGGAGAAGGCAAAGUGCGAGUGCUGCGGGAUGAGGGAGGAGUGCACCAUGGAGUACAUAGAGAAGGUGAGGGAGAAGUUCUUGGGAAAGUGGAUUUGCGGUCUCUGCUCAGAGGCGGUAAAGGAGGAGAGAGAGAAGAAGGAGGAGAAUGGGCUAGAAGGAGCCUUGAAGGAGCAUAUGAGCGCUUGCCUAAGGUUCAACAAGCUUGGAAGAAAGUAUCCUGCUCUCUUUCAAGCUGAGGCCAUGAGAGAUAUGCUCAGGAAAAGUACGAGGAGGAGUCAGUCUAUCAGCCCUAAACCCAUGUCUACUAUUCACAAUAAGCCUGCCAUUUCCCGUACUUCAAGCUGUAUGCCUGCCAUCACCAGAGACCUUAAUUAAUCAUUUCACUCUCUCUUUUAAUAUAUAUAUAUAUAUAUAUAUCAUUUCGCUUAAUUUGUCUAAUAUAAGCAUUAAUUAUCAUAACAUUUAGUUUACUCGUCCCUAAUACACACUUAAUUAUAUAUAUAAGCUAAUAAAAUGAGAUAUUCUUGAUCCAACUGGUUAAGUGUGUGCCAACAACAUUCAAUGUACAGUGUGUAUCUUACAAGUACGGUAAUUAUUAAUUAAACACUAGAUGCCCGUUGGGAUGAUGGGGACCAUGCACUACUUUUAUUAUAUUUUUUUGUGAA